GUCUUCUUGCGCAGACAUGGCAUGCGACUGGACGCCGCAGAUCAGUCGUGGCAUCUAUCGACUCCGACCCCCUACGAUCCUCCGCUGACCUAUGGAGGUUGGAACCAGUGUAAAGCGCUCGGCGUGCGCAUAGCCAGCUUGCUCGAUGCCCGCGAGAAGGAAAUCAACAAUGCGCCUGUGGAGAAUGGAAGCAGUGGAGCGCAUGCGCAGCGACGCAGGAAGAGGACGCACAAGGUCGUCAUUCACACUUCGCCGUUUUUGCGAUGUCUACAGACCAGCGUGGCCAUAGCGGCCGGCAUGGCACAAUACGAGGCCCCAAAAGAAGGAUUUGGUAGCAGCACAUCGAGAACGUCUCGGACGCCUUCGCACUUGCAUUCCAAGUCGCCCAGCCUCCACGCACUCAGCGGUUCAGGCUCUCCUCUACUCACACCCAUAUCAGAGCCAAAGCACGAUCUUGCGCACCAGCUGGCAAAACGAUCGCUGCACGAGCAUAAGCGUCAUCGGAAAGCGAAGAUCCGAGUUGACGCGUUCUUGGGAGAAUGGCUCAAUCCGCAGUACUUCGAUCAAAUUACGCCGCCUCCGCCGAGCGCCAUGAUGGUGGCAGCAGCAAAAGCAGAGCUGAUGCAGAAUGACAACAUUGACUUGUUCACGCCAUCAGCUACCCUCUCCAACAAGUCUUCUAACAACAGCCUGUGGACUCGACCAAACACGAGUCGAGAGAGCACUUUGGACGACUGGAGCAACAUCACUGAUUCACUUCGCGCCAGCGUUGGCCGCAAGUCGAGAUCGAACAGCAUUGACAGCGUUGGGAGUAACGAUAGCAAUCACAGUCCCAGGAGCUCGGGCCGUAAGUCGCCCUUCCGACCAGGACAUGUCCUACAGCCGUUGACCUCGACCAUACCGAAGCCUGAAUUUUCCGUCUACCACCCUCCUAUGCCUUCGUACGCUCUUUCCAAUUCCGAGCAGAUCCCUCGAGGAUAUGUUGCACAUGCACGCAAUGCUACCACCAACGUCGACUAUCAUUGGGAUAGCAGCCGUGCUCCUCUACACUGGGGCGGAGGGGGCGAGUUCGGUGAAGAGUGGUCAUCUAUGCACAAGCGCUUCAGAAGAGGCUUCAACAAGGCUAUCGAGUGGUACAGCCAGCACGGUGCUGAUGAUCGUGGGGAAGAUGCGCUAGGCUUCGACCAGGCCGAGAGACCACAUAUCUAUCACGGGCAUGAAGAUGAAGACGAGGACCUGGUCCUAAUCAUGGUCACCCACGGAGCGGGCUGCAACGCGCUCAUUGGUGCCUUGACAAAUCAGCCUGUGCUUCUAGACGUCGGCAUGGCCAGUCUGACGAUGGCAGUGCGAAAGGACAACGCGCCCCCUUUGCAACUGCCACUGGGCUCACCUGCUCUCACGCCAGAUCCGACCGCUGAUCCGGCUGCCAUGCCUGUUGGCCAUCCACGACGAAGCAGUCUAGACAUUGGGCUCAGUGCAAUAUACGAGAUGAAGCUUGUAGCAUCAUCAGAACACUUGCGAGCUGGCGCAGAUCCUGCUAAACAGCCUGCGUCUUCAGUGCCACAGAAC